GUUGUCGUCGCCGUUGUUGUUAUUGACGGAAUCGUGGUUGAAAUCAAGAAGCAGAGGAAGCGGAAGAAGAACAAGAAGCAGAGGAAGCAGCAGAAUACGGCACAGAAGCAGAGAGUCGCGGGUCGGCGUGGUUGCGGCGGAAGAGGCUGGGUCGAUUCCCUCGCCAUUCUCAGGGUGUUGCUAAAUUGCCAUUCAUCGACGAGAGGAAAUUAUUAUCACAAACAAAGAAGCUUGAGAGUACACUAACGCAAUGGACGCCAGGGCUAGAAGAAGCA